CUUGUCCCGUGAUGCAUUGCUCUGCCAACGUAUGCAAACAGGAACAUGGCCACCGGUUUUUAACGUAGGUACUUUUUAUUAGUCUCCUCUGUGAGCCUCACGCAGCCCGUGACAGCCCGUGAAUCUGCCACGGAAGAAAACCCCACGGUAUAGUCCAGCCGCGUAGCGUCCACACUCUGAAAGCAGCGUCCCGGUUGUUGUUCAUCAGUCCCAGUCAGUGUCAUCAUGGCGAGUCCAAGGACCAGAAGAGUUCUGAAGGAAGUGAGAACCCAAGAUGAAAAUAAUCUUUGUUUUGAGUGUGGGGCUUUUAACCCUCAGUGGGUUAGUGUCACAUAUGGCAUUUGGAUCUGCCUGGAGUGCUCUGGGAAGCACAGAGGCCUGGGAGUGCACCUCAGCUUUGUGCGCUCGGUCACCAUGGACAAGUGGAAAGAUAUUGAACUGGAGAAAAUGAAAGCUGGUGGAAAUGGGAAGUUCCGCCUGUUUCUAGAACUCCAAGACGAUUAUGACCCAAACUGGACCUUACAGGAGAAGUACAACAGCAAAGCUGCUGCUCUCUUCAGAGACAAGGUAGCAACAUUAGCUGAGGGGAAGGAGUGGUCCAUUGAUACGUCCCCUGCCAGAAACUGGACUCCUCCUCAACCCAAGUCAGGCCUUUCUUCGUCUCACCGAUCUGGGGGAUCUGGACAGAAUCCAGUCAGUUCUGGUGACAAAGCAUUCGAGGAUUGGUUGAGUGACGACGUCAACUCUUAUCAAAGUGGGGGAGGCUACAGUGGGAACCAAGAGAAUCGAUAUGUUGGUUUUGGCAACACUGUAACCCCAGAGAAGAAGGAUGAGGACUUCUUGAACAAUGCAAUGUCUUCAAUUUAUUCAGGCUGGAGCAGUUUUACUGUUGGUGCCACCAAAAUUGCUUCAAUUGCCAAAGAUAACACAACAAAACUGGCAAACCAAGCAACUUUAAAGUUGAGGGGCUAUAAAGCUCCCCCUGAACCGGCCACAGAGUUAGGACAGACAAUAAAUGAGAAUGUUAUCAAACCUACCCACGAGAAGGUCAAAGAUGGCAAAUUGAUAGAUGAAAUGACAGUCGGCAUCACUGGGCUGGCGAACAAGGUUCAGGGAGCUGGAGCAAAAUUGACAAACCUGUUUACUGGAAAACCACAAGAUGGCUCUGGUGGAGAGAGCUACCAGAACAUGGAUGCUACUGAGGGGUAUCAAGGCAGCUCCAGCCAACCCAUGUCAAGGGAUUUCUGGGAAACGUUUGGCAGCAACAGCUCCUUAAAGGAGAAGAAAUCUCCCAGCAGUGACAGCUGGACCAUGGCAGAUAAUUCUGCCAAGAAGAGCUCUGACAGCUGGGACAAUUGGGGCUCUGAAGGAGCCUCCAACAACAAACACAGCACAGAGGAGAGCUGGGAGGCCUGGGACAACAACUGGGAGAAUGCGGAUGGUAAGACAAAGAAGAGUCCCUCGAAGCCUGCUGAAGAAGCCUGGGAUAAUGCAGGCUGGUGAUUGCCUCACAAACUUACAUCACCUAAAGGUUUUUUUUUUUUUCCCCCUUUCCACCUUGUGCCAGUUUCUCUCCUGUUAUUCAUCUCAUUUGCACUUUCUGGAAGAGAGUUGCAUUAGCUUAAUUCCUGUUUAUGCAUUCAGAAUGAAUUUAAUCAAUGAAACCCGGGGAAGAUUUGAGCUCAUCAAAUGAACACCUAAAGGAACUGUUUACUGCCAGAGUUAUAUUUUAUUAGGAACUGGCCCCAUCUCAAAGAGUCACCUUUACUCAGUGUAGAUAAAAUCAUGACUUCCUGUAUGGAUUACCAACAUGUUUUGGUUGUAAAGUAAAAUAAAGCGGUGUGCCAACAAUAAGUGGUUUGGCAAUGCUGUUGUUUUUCCAACACUGAAAUUAUCGCAUGGGAAUUAAAAAAAUCUGGUAUUGUAAAUGAGUCAUUGUAAAUAUUACAAUAUUUUUUCUGUUUAGUCAAAAUAUUAUUUUUGAGCACCUGAUGCCCAUUUAGCACUAUGCUCACAGAUUUAAAAUAAAUUAGAAUAAAACAGUUUAAGAGCUUGUCUACAGGUGGUUAACUUAUCAGAAAUUAAAAUCUUGCAAUACUUUGAUCUAUUAUUUGUCGUUUUGAGUCAUCGAGACCCCAAAACUGCAUCAAAAAAUUUGAGAGCCGCAGAAUGCCUUUGUUGUGUGAUUUGGACAAGAAAAUGAGACAAAAGGAUCAUGUGAAAAUUGGCUGGUGUUGCUAAGAUACCGGAAAAAAACCAACUAAAACAUCUAAAUGUUUCUGUACAAUUUGAAUUAAUUCCUUCUCAAUCAUAGGAGAAAAUUGUUUCUUAGUGGGUUAAAUGUUUUUACUGUUCUUGUGCAUCCUCCAGUUUAGCAUAGAGUGAGCCUGAACACUUUGAGUCAUGAAACCAUCAUUAGACACCUGAUAAAUUAUUGGUGUUCUCUCAUUUUAAUAGAAAAUGCAACACAAGUACAACUGAAAAUCCGAUUUAAUUAUCAGAUGAACUGUCCAUCAUUGCAAAGCUAUCAAGAUCUAUUUUGGGGCUUUUAUGCGUUUUGUUAUGCUUAGUUUUUCAUUUUCUAACAUUUGCUUGAAAUGAACACAAUGUGUCAAAAUUACUCCGUCUUUACCGCUCAAAUCACGGUUUUUUAAUUAAACAAACUUGUAUCAUCAAUCAGACAUCAUUUUAUCCUCAUUUUCAACUUUUAUGUUUUGAAGACCUUUGGGGAAAAAACUGCAUCAUAUUGAUCAUUUUAAGUGAAGACGUCUUGUUGCAGGGAAGCGCUCCUAGUACUGUACGUGUGCAUGAAGGUUGUUUCAGAAACUGGAUCCAGGGGAUGAGUGUACACUAGAUUUUCACAAGGAUUGUUUUAAAGCAGCAAAUCUGUGAGCAUUUGUGACACCAUCUCAGGAGGUAUUUUAUCUCAUGGUUACAUUGGAAAUUAGUAUUACUGUUAACAUUCACUAUGGCCCGUAUCAUUGGUCUUAAACGCUUGUGAAUUAUUCCAGUGGCAAAUUGGAUGAGCUUAGGUGGCAUUUGCAGUCAGUGAUCAUCAUAGAUGCAGGUACAUUAUGAAAAGUUAACCUUAUAACAAAAAGGCAUGAUGUCAUUGUGAAAAGGGGCGUUUGUAGCAAAUUUAAUUGGACAAUUAAUUUCCUGUGUGGAUUUUCAUUUUCUGAAUGGUCCAACAAAACCACAAUGGAACUUGAUUAGUUUUUCUAUUAGUGCAAUAAAAAUUUUAAUUUGUAUCAUGAUGAGCAUUGUAAUGGAUUUUGUGCCUCUUGAUCUUUGUAUUAUUGUUAUUAUCAUUAGUGUUAAUCAGUCAAAAAAUGCCACUGAGUUGUUACAGCGCUUAGGAUACAGUCUCAUUAGGCCUAAAGAUCUGUUUUAAUUAUAAAAGAAAUAUUCUUAGGAACUUCAAUAGAAACCCACUUCCCUACCUCCGAGAAGUCCAUUGUUUACAUUUUACAAUUCUUAUUUUCAAGUCCCUCUGUUUUGUUUUGAUGUUUGAUUUCAAUUGAUUAUUAUUAUUAUUAUUAUUUUGUGUGUGUGUGUAUGGGUUUAAAAACGUGACUGACAGCAGACUCGAGUCUCCAGUGUUGAUGUGUUUUCAGUGUCAAUGCUGCGCUGUUUAAAAAAAAAGAAACCCCUCCUGUAACAGUCGUGUUGCUUAAACUCUGCAGUCGUGUUUAUGUACAGUCAGGUGUUAAAGCCUUAAAAAGCCUUUGUAACUUUCUGUUGAUAAUGAUGGAUGUUUGCUUGUGUGUGCGUCUUUCUCUGAUGCAGUGAGGUGUACAUUUCAGUAAAUGUUGCUCUUAUUGUCCGCUAUAUUACUGACACAUUGUAAAGACCCUAUUACUUCUCUUUAUUUGUCGUUCUUAAGGCGUUAUAAAAAUUGAGGAUAUUGAGGGAAGACUCGCCACACUUUGGUUUUUAAAGACACAAGAGCAUUAAACCAGCAAAUGUCUUGCUUAGCCCACUUUUUCCCCCCAUAAAAUACAGAAUGUGUUGAAUCAAAUCCAUUUAACUACUUUUGUAAAAAGUUAGGACUUUUUUUAAUCAACAACUGAUUAUUUUUCACAUUACAGUAAUUUAAUUUAUACCGUUUCUCUGAGCAUCAGUUGAUCUGUGCCUGUGCAACAUUUGAGAUCGAGUAUGUGUGUGUGUAGCUGUGAAACUAAUCAUGUCAAAAUACUAUUUUUGAUGUCAUGCAUGAUAUUUAAAGUGGCUAUGAAUACAUGACGUUGUUUCCUCAGUGAGUACAGUUGUCUGCUUGUUUCACCAGCAGCAUUCCUUAUCAGGUGAACCUGUGUUACCCAUCACGUUAGGGCUGUGGAUAAUUUUUCCUGUACACAUGGUUCAGUGUAAAAUAAAACCGUAUCGUGAGUGA